CGACGCAGGCUGGGGCUUCGGACUGGGAGCAAGCACAAAACUGCUAUUUAGAUUGUACCAGACGCAAAGAUGGUGACGGCAUCAGCAGCAGCAGGAGCGGCAGUAGCGCCGUGGGAGCUGGUUAGGCCAGAAGAGCAGCUGUUUGUGCUGAUUACGGGUGCCAAUAGCGGCAUCGGCCUCGGUACGGGACAACGCCUGAUCGACGAGUUUCUGGCGACGCGGUCGCUCACCGCACACCUGAUCCUCAUCCCCACGACGCGGUCGUCGUCCAAGUCUCUGGUGGCCAUCCAGACCCUCCGCGCACACGCCGAACAAGCAGCAAAGACUUCAACUGCACUACGAUCACGGGCGGGCGACGACUACUGCUGGGAGGACGCGGCGCGGCGCAUCCACGUGCUGAGCCUGACGCUGGACCUGUGCGACCUGCCCGGCGUGUAUGCCUUUGCAGCGCGGCUGGUGGGCGGGACGGUGAGCAACCCGGAGGGCCUUGAGGGCGAGUAUCUGCGCAAUGUCCGCAUCCCACGGCUGGACACGGUGGUGUUCAAUGCGGCGUACGGAGGCUGGUCGGGGUGCAACUAUCCGCUGGCUAUAUGGAAGAUUUUGUCGCAGGGGCUGGUAGAGGCCGUGACAUAUCCGACGUUUAAGAACUCGUUGGCGACGAGAAUAUUGAACGAGCAGGAGAGCUACGGAUACCCCCAGAAGCCUCUCCUCGGCGAAGUCUUUUGCGCGUGCGUCUUUGGCCACUACAUGCUCGCCCACCAGCUGCUACCACUACUGUCUCGCCGCUCCACCAGCGAAUCCCGCGGCCGCAUCGUCUGGUCCUCCAGUAUCGAGGCCCUCGGCCACGCCUACAAUCCCAGCGACAUGCAGUGCUUCCUCAAGCCCGAGGCGUACGAAUCUGUCAAGCGUCUUACCGACAUCCUCGCUCUGACGUAUUCGCUGCCUUCGGUCCAACCCUUUUCGGGAGCUUUCUUGACUCUUGAUGAGGAAUCAGGCGGAGAUCCUGAGGAGAAGCCUAUUCCACCGAAGAUGUACCUCAUGCACCCUGGUAUUGUGGCCAGCACCUUGUUCCCCGUGCCCUGGUUCUUCUACUGGGCGUAUGAGCUUGCUCUUGUCAUUGCACGUUGGAUUGGGUCGCCGUGGCACCCUGUUGAUGGCUACAAGGGCUCCGCAUCAACGACUUGGCUUACGCUGCAGGACCAGGCGGCGCUGGAUGAGAUGCAGGCCGACCGCGUCAAAUGGGGCAGCAGCUGUGAUAGGCAUUUGGUGUCGGACGCCAAGAAGACAGAGGUCGUGGGCUGGGGGUGGGAAGGCAAGCCGGAGACGGCCGAGACGAUUGCUGCCGACACGGCUAAGGGAGUGCUGCACAAGUCGGUAGGGAGACGUUUGGGGGCGAAGAAUGUCACGCAGGAGGAACUGAUUGAGUUUGAACUAGAGGGAGCCAGGGCAUGGCAGGAGAUGGAGAAGAUGAGGCUGAAGUGGGCCAAGAUUAUAAAGGAGAACAAAGAGUAG